AUGGAGUUUUCGGCUGUUCCGAAAUUGUGCUUGCAUUUAAUAUCUUCAGCGUAUCAGAGAUGCCGAUUAUCGGGGCAGAUUUGCAGACUCGCAGUUAUUCUCACUCACUCUUCAUCUUCGCAUUCUUCUCUUCGAAUUUCAAUCUCUGAUACUGGUAUUGGGUGCUGCUUAGAGGAAUUUCAGGACUUGUGGUUUUCUUCCACGGAUGUUGCUGACAAUUGGGGCAUCAGGGAUACCGAGAUACAUAGUUAUCAGAUAAACCUGAAAGGAAGUGGUUCCUCUAGAAUAACUAGACUGCCUUCAAACACAAAAAAUGGGGCAAACUUCAGUGGUAGUGAAGUUUAUCUGUCUUCUUUUGUUAGCCUUGAUAUCUUACUGGCUGAUAUUCAUACCUUUAUGCAGAAGAUGCAAAUUUUAAAGAUUCCUAAUGUCGCAAUUCAAUUGGUAGCAGAAGAUUGCGAUGUACCUGAAUCACGAUAUGAAAAGGUUUUUCUUGCAAAUGAGUGCAAGCAGUUACCAAUGUCGGCAUCAAAUCUAGAGCUUCUUAAGUCAGGCAUUGAAGACUACGUAGUUAAGCAUGGAAAUAAUUUAAGUACCAAGGAGCAGCUCAAAGUUGGGACAGCUUGUUGCACUAAUAAUCGUUUACACACGGAGCUGGUGAUGGAGGCAGUUUUGCAUUUCAAGGACUUUUCACCAAGUACAAUAUCCCGAUCAUCUGUGAAGGUGCUGCAAAGCAUUGACUGGAAAACAUAUGGUUUGAAUUUAAGGGGCAUAGUAGAGCAAGAUGGCGUUACAUUACUAGAAUGGGAAAACUUGCCUAAAGAUAUACACAUCGAUAUGACCACGAUACCGGCUCCAAGGAAAAUGCCUCCACUUUACAGAAACCUCGUUAAAAAAGCGGUUAAACUUUCACUAGAUGACUUGAAGGCGAAUCAUUCCCAGGCUUUUUUAAGUUCACGUGCCCUUCAGAUUCGCGGUUAUGCCCCUGAUCUUGCAAAAACAAUUGCUGGGCUGAUAUUGUCUUCCAGUGACUUGGAUUUUCAAGGAGAAUGCCUUUCCCUUCUUGGAUUACAAUUUCAAGAAGUUGGAACUGAAAUUGUGGAAAGCUGUAUUGAGGAAAGGAUUGUUUCAGUUAUAGAGAUGAACGACAAGAAGCCCCAGAAUUCUCAACAAGUCGCACCUUUCCUUUUCGAAGAAUUAGAAGACCCUGUCCAGGAAACAGAAUUUCAAGAAAACGAUUUCAGUCCCUUGGACUUUUAA